AUGCAAAUUAAAUUAUUUAUAGUUAUUGAUGAUUGGCAUACUUUUCGUAAUCAAUAUGAUAAUGAUAUUUCUACAUGGAGUCCUCAAGGUCGUAUUCAUCAAGUAGAAUAUGCUUUAGAAGCUGUAAAACAAGGAUCUGCUGCUGUUGGCCUAAGAUCUAAAACUCAUGCUGUUCUAUUAGUAUUAAAGAGAUCUACUGGUGAAUUGGCAUCUUAUCAAAAAAAAAUCAUUAGAAUUGAUGAUCAUAUGGGUAUAGCAAUAGCUGGUCUAACUUCAGAUGCAAGGGUUUUAAGUAAUUUUAUGCGUACUGAAGCAAUGAAAUCUAAAAUGAUUUAUAAUCGUCCUUUACCAAUUUAUCGUAUCGUCUCUGCAAUUGGUGAUAGUAAGCAUUCUAUAAACACACAUGUGCCUUAUGGUGUUGGUUUAUUGGUUGUUGGACAUGAUGAAACUGGUCCACAUUUAUAUGAAUGCGCACCUUCUGGUAAUUUCUUUGAAUAUUACGCAAUGUCAAUCGGUGCAAGAUCACAAUCUGCAAAAACAUAUCUUGAAAAAAAUUAUGAAUGUUUUAAUGAUGCCUCAUUGGAUGAACUUGUUAAACAUGGUCUACAUGCACUUCGUGAUACACUACAAUCAGAUAAAGAACUUACAACAUUAAAUUGUUCAGUUGGUAUAAUUGGUGCUGAUCAAAAAUUUGAAAUUAUAGAGGGUGAUAAAUUACAACGAUAUUUGGAUUUGUUGGAUACUGCCACUACCAGAAAUACAGGUGAUGAUGGUGGUGACGAUGAUCAUGAUAAUGGUGAAUCAUCUUCUACUCAAGAUCAAGAAACCACUGUGUCAAUGGAUACAGAAUAA